GGCGCAGUGGCCAUCGCGGCGCGCUGCAGUGGCCGCCGCUCGGUUGCUGCCUGCGAGAGGUGAAGCGGCGCCUCUUGCGCAAGCGUCGUGCCGCUCGCCCGAGGGCUCGCCAGCUUCGAACUCCGGCCGCGUGGUCUCCGGCUCUGAGCCGCGGCGCCCGAGCUCAAGCAAGUGUGUGCAGCGCGUGUGCCGGGCGGCCAGCCUCCCUCCCCUCUCCCCCGUGGUGCUGCGUGCGUGCGCCUCCUCACCCUCUCGACGCCGGUGCUUCUCGUGGCGCAUUAAACCGGUCGGCCAUCUGGGCUCGUAGCGCUAGCUAGAUGGCGCCAGCGAUCACGACUACCAGGGUGGUGCUGCUUCACGGGGGUGGCGCGCGGCGGCCGCAGGCGGCGGCGAGGCACAGGUGUUGCUGGCGAACGACGACUGCCGCUGCGCCCGGUCGAGUCUGCGCCGGCGGCGGCAUCGAAGACGACGAGGCGUAUUUACGGCCUACCACCAGCGAGCGCCGUCGUGUUACUUAUGUGCGGUCCGAGUCGAGCUGCGGGUCGUCGUCGUCUAGGUGGUUCGACGACCAGUCUUGCCGCGAGCCGCUGCCAAGCCAUAUGUAUGAUUUUUGAACAGUACUUGACUCUGUGUGCCUUGUUGUGACGUGGAGCAUUCCCAGACAAAUGGCUUGGACGGAAACGCUGAAGCCAAAGCAAUAGAGAUCAUGCCAGAUGGCAAUAUGGACGUUGGCAGCAGCAAAAACAACAGCAGGAGCAAUGCCAGUGAUGGAGGUGAUGCACCAAAGCACGUUUGUGGCCUUUGCUGGACGUCCUUCAGCAGCCCAACAGAGCUGCAGCAGCACUGCCUGGAAUGCUUCUCCGAGGACUACUCGGUUUCAAGGGAAUCUGAGGAAGAAGGGAGCCCUUCACCAGAGAAAGCCAGAGAUUGCGAAGCUCCUUCUACCGUGGAGGUAACUGAGGAUGCUGCUGAAGGUGAAAGCCCCAGCCGAGAGGACUCUCCUUCAACCAGUUCUCUGCCUGACGGCAAAACCCUGCACCUAUGUAAGCUGUGCCCCAAGACAUUCACGAAUUACGGCAGCUACCGCCGGCACUUGCGCAUGCACUCGUGUGGGCAUCGGUAUACAUGUGACAUUUGUGGAAAGCAGUUCUUUCGGCGCUACCUUUGGAUAAAGCACUAUGAGAAGAUCCACAACAGCAUGAUGCAGAACAUGUGCCAGUGCACCGUCUGCGAGAUGUGGCUAAAGAACAGUGACACCCUGAAGGAGCACAUUCGCACCAAACAUCGGUUUGCCGCCAGUGUUACAGGUGAUGUUGACCUUGAGGGUGACACUGCUGCAAAACCACCUGCUGAAACCAUUGUGCUUGACUCACUGUCUCUCCAGCCUAUCAAGGAGAGCACAGAUUCUAGUCCAGCUGACAACGGAGGUGCAGGCAGUGCCAAAACUUUGAAUGGAACCAAGCACCAGUGGAUGUGUAACUUGUGUUCUGAAGUAUUUGGGACAAAGGCUCAGCUCAUGAAACACAAGGAGGAUAGGCAUGGGAGAAAGCGUGUCUGGGCCCCAAAAGCACCCACACCUGAAGCAGAUGACACAAAGCGAAUUCGAAUUGAAGAGGUAGCUAAGGAAGUCUUCCAUGGCAUGCUGUCAGAGUUUAGCCUUCAAGGCAUGCUGUCUUCAGAAGCACAAAAAGUAAAGAAGGAAACCAAAGCAGCUGAGCUGGCAACAGGAUCUCCUUUUAGUCCAGCAUUUCCUGGUACUGGGCUGUGUGAUCCUACCAAAAGGGGUGUCUUCCUCUGUGAAGUCUGCAAGAAGACUUUCAUUAACCGUAGCAGCUAUCUAAGGCAUAAGAAGAUGCACACAGGUGUGCGUCCUUACACCUGUGAACACUGCUGCAUGAGCUUCUUCCGCUCUGAGUCAUUAACAACUCACAAGAAGAAGCAUCUUUCUGGUGAUCAGUUCAAGUGCUUUGUCUGUGGACAUAUUGCUGAAGGUGCUUCUGAUCUGUCUUCCCAUUUUUUAUCUUCACAUUCUAAGCUCCCUGAGGAGUAUGACAAGAAUACAAUAGUUCGCUCUCGAAGAGGUAGACCAUCAAAAUAUACCAUGCUGCCUGAGCUCAUGGGCCAGACGCCACCUCAGCAGACAGCUGAGGAAGCAGUGCUUUGCGCCAAGAAGCUAGACCAAGGAAACCAGGACUGUGAUGCCAACUCUGAAGACACAGUUCUCGUUGGCCUGAACGGGGAUGCAGACUCCCUAAACUCUGCAGCUGACAAAUAUACGUGCCUAGUGUGCUUUCAGUUCUUUCCAGACGAACAGUCUUACUAUGACCAUCAGUGUAAGGAUGAAGUGUCUGCCAUUUCGAAAAAUUUGGAGCAGGGUAAAGAUUCUUCUAGUCAGGAUGAAAAGGAGGAUGGGGGUGGGCUGACUGGUAUGCCUCACACUUUUUUGGCUUUAGAGGUAUGCACUUUAUGCCCUGCCAAGUUUCCUACCAAGAAGCACCUUCAGGAGCAUAUGAUCAUACACAUCUGUCGUUAUUGUGGCCGCUGUUUCAAAGAAACGGGCAUGCUGAGUAAGCAUGUUGAAUUAGUCCAUAAGGAAUUGGUACAGUCACAAAGCCACACUUGUUGCUGCUGUGAUUUAACUCUGGAAGAUGGAAAUGCACUUGUGGAGCAUGUUCUUGAUAAGCAUAGCACAAUGCUGCCAAGUUUUGACAUAUCAGCCCAAAAUAAGUUGGGCCUGAUUAACGUAGAUAUUGAGAAGAAAAGCUUGGAGGAUUUUGUAAUCCCUGCUAAAGUAGACAUUGAUAGUAAUGCUUGUGAACUUGACAAGGGACGUCAUCACUGUGGAUGGUGCCAAGAGCAUUUUCUUGAUUUACAGCAGAUGAUAACUCACUUUAGAGAAAUUCACAGCAUCAUCAAUAUUAUGGGUGAUUCAGGAAGUGGCAUUUACUCUUCUGAUGUAGAAAGAAAACUGCAUGGAACAGUUACAAAGCAGUGCUUAAAAUGCUGUGAACCACUUACCAAUUCGAUGCACAUUUGUAGUGAUAAGUCAGUCUGCAACUUGUGCCUACGAACAUUUGAUGAUCCUCAUAAUGCACAUGUGCACCAGGAGCUCAACCAUCUCUUGGUGGAUUGGUUUUGUUGUGAUGCCUGUGACGCGUGUGGGCCACGAGAUGUUAUGGAGAAGCAUGUGCUUUCACAUAUGUCAAAGGUAGGGAACCUUGUAGUUCCUGAGACUCCUUCCAAAACCCAGGUGCCCCUGAUGGGAAACUCUGAGCCUUUCCAAAAUGUUCGAGAAGCCUUUCUUAACUGGUGUCGUAAUGGAGCCACCAAGGGUGUUGAAGUUAAACACAAUUCUGCCUUGCCAAAUGGAGAGUCGGUCAACCUAACUGCUGAUAGGCGUGUGAAGACAAGAAGUGAAAUUCUCAUUGAAGAAGCAAAAAGAGGCUUUCCUCCUCAUGGACCCAUUGGUCAUGUGGUUCGAAGAAAAGAGGAAGCAUCACUCAAUGGUGAAGGGAAGCAGCAGCUGUCCAAGGACAUCAUUGAGCUCCUACCAAAAAAUGGUGAAAUUACUAUGAUUCCAAUAAAGUCAGAGACUCCUGAACCAUAUUCACAGCUGCGCUCAGCACUCACAACAGCCAAAAGACGCAGCUCCCCAUCAACAUUUGACCGCAAUGGCAACAUCCUCAAGACACUUCUUGGGGAAAGAAGAUCUCCUCUCACCUGUUCAGACUACCCAUGGGAGAAAAGUGCUGAUGCAGUGACCUGCAAAACCAGCACUAGUGAGACAGAUGACCAGGCAGCAUCUGACCCAGGGUGGUAUGAACGCGAACCCAAGCGUUCCCCUGCUAGUGACCAAGGGACAGCUAGUGGUGGCAGCUCCUCCAAUGUGGUGCUCAAGUGUGAUGACUGCAAAAGGCUCUUCACACACUACAGCAGCUGGAAGCGGCACCGGAGGCAACAUCUUGGCCUUAGCACUCACACAUGUGGCGAGUGUGACCGCAUUUUCUACAGGAAGGACCAAUAUGACAAGCACGUGCAAUCCCAUCAGCACAAGAAUGGUGCAGAAGUCUGAUCCAGCAGCAGCAAGCCUUUCGUCUACCGGUGCUCUAGGUUGUUGUUGUAUUUAUUGUUUCAUUGAAGCCAGGUGGCUGUGCUUUGCUUCUUUUUCUUCAGAGUUCUUUGUGCAAGGUGCAUUUGACCAGAAAGAAGCCCUGUGAGAAGCCUUCACACUUUGCCAUUUGCUACUCUACAUUACAAGGACAGCCAUGGUGGCAAGCUGCUUUAAGGACCAACAAGCCAGAAGCAGAGAACCACACUAGCUGAACGUUCCAAGAGGCUUUGAAAAGACUGAAAAAAGAGCAUGGCAGUUUUCUACUAAUAUACCUGUUGAGAGUAAGAAGAUCACGGUUACUCGUAUACACACAGAUGUUGCUUAUAAUAUAUAUAUAUAUAUAUAUAUAUAAAUAUAUACUAUAUCUAUUUUUAAGGGAAAGAAAACUUCUGGUAACAUACUUGUACGGCAUAUUCCAAAGAGCUCUUGCCAUCUAGUGUGAGAGUAUGUACCUUCGGCCCCACUCUUUCCUGCCCAUGGUGCAUUUAUGUGUUGCACUGGAAUCGUGAUAUCUUAGUGUCUGGUUGGAGUGCUUAGUGCUGUUUUGAAUAAGUCAAUAUACCUUGUACAAACUAUUCACUAGGUGUACUUCACGAGUGGCUGAAGCAAUGUUUACUCAGCAGUGUUCUCUUUAUUUUUCACUUUGUGUGUUGGCGGGAAAAUGCCUUGGUGUGCUUCAUUGUUGGAGGGUUCACCUUUAUUGCACAGGGUAAUAUAGUUGUAAUAUAUGAGCUUACCAGGUGCCUGACUGUCUCUGACCACUCAAACAUAUUAGAUCAGCAUCUUUAUUACACACGGAGAGACAUAGUCAGCACUUUCUGAAUUCUGCCAACGUGUUUUGCCAAGUUGAGGGGAACCUGAGCCAUUAUAUGGGGUUUUUAUCAGAUUCUUGUUAUGCAGUACAAUGAAAGCUUCAAGUAGCUUUUCUUUUCCUUGACUUUGCUUAAUGCUAGAAGCAUUACAUGCCUAUGCUUUUGCUUCUCCUUUUCAUUCUGCUGGCGUGGUCUGUUUUCCCUCCUAUGCUGUUGCCACACAAAAUCAAGUUUUAUCGUUGACACAGCAUUGCAGCGUAUCAUUGUUGGCAGCUUCUCGAUACCGGUGCCAUGACACAGCAACCACUUGUUGGCAUAAUUUUGUUUUGGGCAGGUAUUGCAGUCUACUGCAUGCUUUCUUUCUGUUGUCUAUUGUGUCCAUUUUACAUCAUCCUUGUGUUCAGCAACUACCGAUGUCCUAGUGUUAGCGUCCCUUGCAAGCCUAGUCUCUAUUAGGUGACAUCAUAUUUAUUUCUUCUUAGUUCACUAAUUCACAGUGUGUGACACUCGAAUGGUACCACUGCAUUUUGCUGCGCAUGCUAAUGGACAUCAUCAGAGUAUAAUAUAUAUACACAUGUAUUCCUUGCACUUUUUCUUGACAUUCUAGUUUAUGCUCAGAUGAGACUGAGCAACUAUUUUUGCACCGGUGCUUUAGUAGAAAUGUGAAGCUUGCCAAGGGGGAAGUACAGUUUUGUCUUGUGGGUUUUCUUUAUUUGCAUCUGUGUUGCAUUCUCGAUGUUUUUAUGCCAUCAUUCCAAAGUGGGAACGUGCACCAUUAAAUUCCACAAAGGCAACAACGACACUUGUGGUAUAGCUAGUCGUGUUAUGAGUUUUAUUUAAUAUAUUUAUGGAAGAAUAGAUAGCUUCUUUUUUCUUUAUUAUUUGGGAUGUUUCACUAUUGUUACAUUUGCAUGGUUGAUGAUUCCUAGAAGUGGAGGUCAGCAGUGCAGGCUGUACCUGCCUUUUUUUUUGUUUAAAUCAUGGCUGAUUUCUUAUUGUCCUCUUAUUCAUUUUUGUGCGCAUAAAUACUAGCAGGACAGUGCCCCCCUCCCCUGCUUUUUUUUCAGUCUGUUGGUGCACUUAUUGGUACCGGCUGUACUUAAAUGUUGUUCAGCACUGAAGAAUGUGUUGGUUGCUCUGACCAUUCUGACCCACUGUGGCACUUCACCUUUCCAUGCAGCCAAGGCUGUUUCAGCUGAUAUGAGUAAACAUCCUGACGACUUGCUGAAGUGGCUUUCACCUGCGUCACUGUGGUUUACAUGUUCUGAGCAGCCAUAUGUCAUUCAUUUAUUGAGUCAGCAAGAGCAUCUUGACUUGCCAUGACUGCAAUGCAGAUUUUUUGCCGUGGCCAGGAUCUGCACUAUGGUUAGUUUUGAUUGUGUGGCUCUCUUCAAGGUUUCUUGUCUUGUUAAGUACGCCAGUGCUUUGUUGCGGGAUGUCAUUGUUCUUUCAUGAAGGUGUAAUUCUGUGAAGCCUAUCUGUGUCCUUGUCACUGUGCUAUUCAGAGUUCCUUGUUGGUGUGAUGCAUUCUCUCUAAUGUAAUCACACGCAGAGUGUGAGAUGAGUGAGUGAUGAGUACAAUCGUCCUUUCACAGGGUGUGUGCACAUAGUCCUGAGAAAAAGUUGGUGCGCAUUUACAUCUAGGAAUAAAUACACAGACAUACUAAAGUCAAUCAGCAGAUCAAACAAGCCAAUCAGCACAUUGUUUUACUAUCUGCAGGCCAUAGUGGAACUACAAUCGUUCAAUAUGUGAUGAUAAUAGAGUUGUUAAAGAUGACCCUCUGGGCACCAUGGCGUGUGAGCUUUUCUGUACAAGCUCUGGCUGCAUAUCUGAAUCACUCAUCAACAGAGGCGAUUCUAGAAAAAAAAAUACAGUAAUCAGAAUCCAAGUGACUUGAUUUGAAAUACGGCAAUCACGUAUUUACACUGUUUUGUGUAUUUAUUUAAUUCCAUUUUAUAUACAAAGCAUUUUUGCAUACAGGGUAUUCAAAUCUUUUAUGAGGUGAUGUAACACUGAGAUAAUAAAUGACUUCUAGGAGAGUA